AUGGAUCUGGGCUUACUGUGCCUGGGUCUCACCCUGAUGGGGGCCCUGCAGAUCCAAGCCAUGUACAUUCCUCCAGCCUUGAUCCCUGCACCACCUCUAAGCUCAGUGCCCCUGCAGGAGGACUUCCACGAAGACCAGUUCCAGGGGAAGUGGUUUGGCAUAGGCAUUGCUGGGAACUCAAUUUGGAAAGGAAAUGCAAGCAGUGACUAUUUCAUGUACAGCGACACCUACCAGCUGAUGGAUGACCACAGCUACAAUGUCACCAUGCUCAUACUCAGGGAUGAUGAAUGUAUACAGUGGAACCAAAAACUUGUCCCAUCUGUUGAGCCUGGCCAGUUCUCGCUGGACAAUGAGACACUUUCUGACGGAUUGGACAUCUACACCGUGAGAAUAGUAGCCACUGACUACAAUCAGUUUGCCUUGAUGUAUGCCAUGAUAAAGUUUGAAGACAUGGUGUACUUCCAGACCAAACUCAAUGGGAGAACCAAGGAGCUGAACUCUGAGGUGAAGCAGCGCUUCAUUGAAUUUUCUAAGUCUCUCAGCCUCAGUGAUGACAACAUUGUCUUCUUUGAGCCCACCGGUGCCUCCUGUACUCCACCCCUGUUCUUUCAGUAA